AUGUGUGCGCUCGGUAACUAAUAGCAUUGAUGCAAACAUUGCUGUGUGAAAUUUAACGCACAUACGUCUACGGUGAGUGCGCUUCAUUUCGUUCGGUCAGGUGGGUCAUAACUCGCCAGAAUUCCUCAAGUUUUCUUCCUUGUUUCUAACCUUUCUGCACAAAUGGGGCAAUUACGGCAGGCUACCAUGCUACAAAGAGCGCACUCCAGUAACUCGAGAUAAUUACAAAGACUCCAGCCACUGAUACCUGGUCUGUCUCGAGAUGGCAGAGGGUGUGGAGCUGGAACGGGUGAGAGUGGUGCCUGGGUCCGAGUCGGAAGGGGGAGGACCGGCAAGGAGCGACAGCGCGGUGCUUGCAGCCAUGGGCGUUGCCGUCAAACCACGCAGUAGGCGGCGCCAGUCCAUCGCCGAAGCUAUGACCAAGGAGAACCUGUUCCAUGCUUCCACCAAAGACUUCGUCAAGAGGAUCUACCGGAGCGACAAGGCGUUGAAGAACGAGCAGCUCCGACAGCAGAGGUUCAGACAUUUCGUCAUCCAUCCGUUCAGCAACUUCCGCUGGUACUGGGAUCUGUGGAUGGUGUUCCUAAUGUCCAUCACCUUGAUCCUCCUGCCGGUCAACAUCGCCUUCUACAGCAACCAGUUCUCCAUCUCCUGGACUAUGGUCAACUGCUUCACCGACAGCUUCUUCCUGAUCGACAUCUGUCUCAACUUCCUGACUGGGAUUGUCGACCACCAGAACGAAAAUGUGAUUUUAAUGCGCAGGCGAAUCGCCUUGCGGUACCUCCGUUCCUGGUUCUUUCCCGAUUUCAUUUCGUCGUUUCCGUUUGACUACAUCUACAUCUUCAUGCAAGGCACCACAGACUACAAGGCGAGCUCGACUUCACUGACUCUGCGUGUAUUCAGAUUAGCCAAGAUUCUUGGUAUUCUGCGUUUACUCCGUCUGGCUCGUCUCAUGCGAUACGUGCACAAACUCGAAGAGAUACUAAAUGUCGAGGGAGCAGUCAUACGCAUCGUGAAUCUCACAUUGGUUAUGCUUGUUGUGAUCCAUUGGAACGGAUGCAUCCAAUUCUUCAUCGCAUUCGCUCAGGAUUUUCCGACGGAUAGUUGGGUUUCCAUCAGUGACCUAGAGCACGCGGACAAGUGGCAGCAGUAUUCGUGGUCCUUCUUCAAAUCAAUCUGCCACAUGCUGGGCAUCGGCUUCGGCCGCCAUGUUCCGCAGAACCUGAUCGAGAUGUGGGCGGCAACUAUCAGCAUUAUGCUGGGGGCGACCUUCUACGCCCUCUUUGUCGGCCAGAUGGCGACCCUCAUGUUGUCUAUUGAUGCGUCUGGACGUAUCUACAAUGAAAAGAUCAACCAAGUAAAGGAGUAUAUGCGAUAUCGCAAGGUACCAUCAAGCACCCAGAAGCGUGUCCUGGAAUACUACGAGCACCGUUACCAGCGAAAGUACUUUGAUGAAGACACCAUCUUGCGAGAACAGAACGACCCUAUACGCAGGGAGAUUACCCAGCACCGUUUGCGCUCCCUUGUCCGGAAAGUGGACUUUCUGAAUCAAGGCAGCCCAGAAUUUGUCCUUGACGUCAUCGAGAAAUUGACCUUCGAGGUCUACCUCAGCGAUGACGUCAUCAUCACGGCUGGUCGCCUAGGCAACGUCAUGUACUUUAUCGAGCACGGCACGGUGAGCAUCGAGGUGGAGGGACGGACAGUGGGCACGCUGCACGAUGGCGAUCACUUUGGCGAAAUUGCUCUCCUUAUAGACGAGCGCAGGGUGGCGUCCGUCAUAGCGAAGACUACAUGCGACAUCUACAGUCUCAACAGAGAGAACUUUGAUAAAGUGCUGACCGAGUACCCCAAUAUGAGGAAAAUGAUGGCCGCCGUGGCAAAGGAACGACUGCAGAAAAUAAUCCAAAGCAACGCAGAAUCAUCUGAUGACACUGAGGAAUUUCAUAUGGCAGAAAGCAAGUAAUAUCUGAGGAAAGUCAACAACAAAAAGGGAAAUCAAAAUUGGUAAUGAGUCAUUGUUCAAGGAAACAAGGCAAAUGUCCAACAGAAAAUCAAAGAUUCAAGAACAAAAUGCCUUUUUAAGAUCAAGAUUUAUGAUGCGAAAAGACAAUCAGAAACACCCAUUCAGUCCAAUUCAACUUUAUUGGAAAACAAAUCACGAUUGUUAUGUACAAUUGACACGCCAGGUUUUUAAGUUAUUUUUUUCAGUUUGCAUUUUCUUUGAAACUUUGUUAAAGCUGUUUUUCAAUGAUUAAAAUAUUUUAGCAAUACGUACACACCCAGUGAACAUUAUUGUCUGGUAUAUAGUUUGAUAUUUUUUAACAACUAGUACCCUUGUGCGUGUACCAAAAGUUUGAUAACUAAAAUCUAUUCAGUAGGAAACCUGGGGGAGAUGUAAUUGACAAUAAUGACUAUACAGGAAGUCACUUUUUACAUAAAAGUUGUUUCAUAAGUACUCAAUCAUACAAUUUUUCGACACAGUUAAUUUCUAACAUAAAAGAAACGGGAUAUUUUUACAAAUUAAUCCAAAUCUUUGAGAGUUUUAGUGAAUAAAUACAGCAGAGGUACAGACAAAUGCAAGUAGUGAAAUUGAAGAACACAAUUUUUAUAGAAUGCAAUUCCAGACCUAAUUACACUGCAACCUUAAACCUUUUCUGAGAUUUGUAAAAUUUGAAUAGCAUUUGGGUUCCCUACAAGACAUCAAUGAAAUAAAAGACAGAUUAUCAAGCUGAA